GUCCUUGGCUCGGCGGGGCGUGUCCUUGGCUCGGGGGACGUGGCCACCAGGCGACAUCAGCGGCGGCGAUGGCGGCCGCGCGGGGUCAGCGCGGCGGAAGCGGAAGCGGCGGCGGUGGCGGCGGGUGGGUGAGGGGCGCCGCCAUGCCGGGCCGGGGGGGCGUCCGCGUCCCGGACAGGUGGACGGACUACGUGCCGCUGGGCCGGCGGCUGCCGGGCACCCGCUUCAUCGCCUUCAAGGUCCCCCUGAGAAGGAGCUUCAAUCGAAAUCUUCAUCCGGAAGACAGGUUUUCGCCUCGUGAUCUCCUUAGGAAAAUCAAGGAGCAAAAGGAAGAACUGGGCCUGAUCAUUGAUCUAACGUACACAACUCGCUACUAUGGGCCGGAGGACCUGCCAGCCACGCUCCGCUACUCAAAGAUCUUGACGAUGGGACACGAAAUACCGAAUGAUCAAACCAUUUAUCAGUUCAAGUGCGUUGUAAAAAACUUCUUGAGAGAAAACCAAGAUAACGAUAAACUUAUUGGAGUGCAUUGCACGCAUGGCUUAAACAGAACUGGCUACCUGGUUUGUCGGUACCUGAUUGAUGUUGACAGCAUGGAGCCAAAUACUGCGAUAGAGUUGUUCAACAGAGCUCGAGGGCACCCUAUAGAGAGAGUGAACUAUAUUGAAGAUCUUCGAAAGAGAUCUGUAAAAAAGCUCCUCCCUUCUCAGCAAAGAUGGCAGGGGAACAGUGAAUGCAGAAUGUCCGGCUAUGCCAAGAAGGACAGCUGGCGUGACAAGGCCUGCGCUCAUCGCCAGGAGCUCGUGCAUGAGCACUGUGCGGCCAGGGAAAUGUGUCCUAACAGUUUGGGACCGAGGAACUGCCCGGUUCCGUCGCCUUACAGCGAGCACUACGAUGGACUGUGUUUUCCAGCGCAGGGUCCCGGCUUCCAUCUCCCGCAGGAAACGCACACAGCCAAGAAACGCAGACGGCGGCGCAGGAAACCUGUGACGGCGUAGGGAAUGUCAUACACGAGGAAAGCCGUCCCGGGGCUGUGUUUUUACCCAAGAGGUGCUCUGACCCAAGUCUCACUAGUUUAGUGAGUGGGUUUGCCAUAACAUUCACCAGCGGCUCAACUGACAAUCUGGAACUGCAGAGGAAAGGGGUUUUUAGUCUUCACACAGCAUUUUUUUCCCUCCCCCCUGCUCUGGGUACUUUUACAACUCCCACUUUGAAGUUUUGAAAUCCUCUGCCAGACCUUGGAGUCCUGCCUCAGCGCCGCCAGAGACACAUUUGGGUGCUGACCCAAAACCUUCCUGAGGAAGCAUCUUCAUGGGCACCCCUUUAAACUGCCACAGAAGGAGCUUUUGUUUGGGGUUUAUGUAAUACGUAAUUUGAAAAGGGAUUUGAUGUGAAACUGGAAAAUUUUCUUCUCGACAAACUUUGCUAAAGUAAAUUUCUGCAGUGUAAGUUCUCAA